CCUCGCUACAUUAUUAUUGUUUAUUUAGUAUUAAUGGUUUAACUGGGUGAGAAGUGUUUCGAGCCUAUUGCGCGAUCGUGUUAAUCUAGUGUAUCAAAUUUUUUGACAUUUUUCGUCAAUUUUUUUUCACCUCGUUUGUGAAACAUGUUGUAGUUCUUUUUUUCAUUUCGCAUGCGUUCAUAUAAAUAACGUCAAUGGAAUCGUCAUCUAUGGACGUGGUUUACGGACAUGUCUGUCAUCUACCCCCGUCAACCUUAAAACAAGCCAGGUGGAAAACAAUGUCUGGAUUAGAGCUUAGCGGAUAUAUAGACGUCAAAGUACCUCUUAGAGAACGUAAAUUCGGAACUUGGAAGGCAUGGAAGAGGCAGUGGUGCGUGAUAAGUCGUAAUGGUAAUACUGUAACUUUACAAAUCAGCUCGGAAAAAGGCAAUCCAACAUUUUCUAUAGCAAUUCCUGAGGAUGCUACGCUAUGCCGAACUGAAUCUAGGAGUAAAUUCUAUUCAUUUGGUAUUUUCCAAAGUACGAAAUCUCAUAAAGAAGCGUACCUGUAUUUAUCAGGCGAAUCGGAAACAGAUUCUCAGAAAUGGAUGUCAAAUAUAAGACGAUUAUUAAAACCACCUUUGUUAACACCUUUGGAAGAUGAAUUCGAAGUAUCUUUGGUCGAUAAUCAUCACUCUAGAGAGGCUGGAUUGAUGGGUUUGUAUGGUAAUUUAUCGGUUAAUUCGAACGAAAUAGUGAUCAAAGAUCCGCACACGACUAAGAUUAAAGUCACUUGGCAUUGGUCUCAAAUAAGUCAUAGUUAUCUUCCAUUACCGUCUAAUCCCGAAGAUGUGCAUAGAGUUUGUACAAUUUGCACGAGCAGUAAAUUUAAAGCCGGCGAAGGUGAAUUGGAAAUGUUCUGUUUGGACGCUGAUAAAUUGCACGAAAAAUUACAAGCGUGUCCUAGAUUCCCGAAAGUUCCUCGUAUUGUUACAUUACCAUUGCCUCCGACUCCAGAGCAGACGCCUCCUCCGACUCCUCCGAGGCUGAGGGUGAACACAUCACCGUCGUCUAACUCUUUGAAUACGCCACAAAUGUUGGUCUCGUCGCGUAGAAUGAGCAGGAGUGAAAACGAUCUGCAAAAAUUCUUUUUUCAACGUUCUUUAAAUAGCUUGCGACAAAAUAGCUCUCAAGAGUUGAUCUUAUUGUCAAACGAAAACGUAGCUGCGAUGAAAAAGGUACCUAGUCUUAUUUUUGCAAACAUUGGAUUUCUCAUUUCAACUCCAGGAUGCAGCGAGCCUGGUUCUAUGACUGAUAUCUGUUUUGCGGAAAAUACUUCUCAUAUCGAUCUGCAUCAUAUCAAUAACCCUAUCGAAGAAAAAAUCGAAUACGAGAUGAUCGACGAAGAGGAACUGGAUCAAUUCGAAGAAAUAGAAACGAAAGUAGACAAUAAAAGAAGAGUACAAAAACAAGAUUCUAGAGUGUCUGUGACUUCCGGAGAAUAUGAAGAGAUAAUUAGUGAAAAUGAAUUCGAUAAUGAGUAUAAAUCUUUAGUUGAUACGCCUCCACCGCUUCCUCCUAGGAAAUCUAAUCAGAACUCGUCUUCGAAACAACAAUCAUCUCAUAGUAAAGAAAAAAUGAUCAAUUUUAAACCAACUCAAGUAGAAUACUUGCCGAUGAGUCCGAUGAGAAACGUGGAUCAGAAAUACGUAGUGAUGGCCAAUUUGAAAGAUAAAAUUCUGGUCUCCGAGCCUGUGCCUAUUUGAAGAAUGUAGUUUCGUUUCAAUACUUGAGAACUAUUUUCACACAAUAUUUUGCAAAUUACUUAUUGGUAUUUUUACAAUAAAAUUUAUUAUUUUGGUUA